AUGCUCUUUUUGAGUGCCCUAGAGCUAGUCAGAUAUGGAGGACAUGCUUCAGUUCAGCCCGACCAGAGGCAGGUGUGGGCGUCCAUUGAGGAGUUCCUACGUCACUUGGAGGCCUCGGUCCGGGGGUCUGUACGAGAGGAGAGGGGGACUCGUGAUGCCUACCUGGCCUAUCAGUGUUGGCUGGAGAGGAAUACAUGGGUUUUCAAUGGUGAGAGCCACCAUCCGAGGUUGGUGGCGGACCGAGCUCUACGGCUUGCGGCGGAGAUCACUGGCUCUAUUGAGGCUACACCUACUGGGUUGGCCGGGGACAUCUGGGGCCCCCAUUCUGCUCUUGCAGCGUCCAGGACGAUACUAGUAUCCUGGGUGCCCCCACCUCCUGGCUUUCUCAAAGUGAACUUCGAUGGCAGCGUAUCAGCGGAUGGGAGCUGCGGAGGUGUGGGAUUUAUUAUUAGGGAUCAUGACGCCAGACUUGUGGCGGCAGGUGGACGUAGGAUUUUUGACUCAUCAGUGAUGACCGCAGAGCUUCGGACGGCCUGGGAGGGUGUCUCCUAUGCGAGGCGGGUACUUGGUGCGGGUCACAUCCUUCUCGAGGGGGACUCGACCACGGUGAUUGGGUGGAUCCGGGAAGGGGGUGCUCAGUCGAGGACCGGCCGCUGCUUCAUGAUAUCCGUAGAGCUUUGGGGGAGAUUGUCUCCUACCAAGCCUCGCACGUAUAUCGGGAGGCAAACGGUGCAGCUGAUUGAGUUGCUUCCUUCGCGGCUCAUCAUUCGGGAGACUUUUCUUGGAUAG